CUGGCCCUGUCUCCGCGGCCCGGGGAGCGCGCGCCCCUACCCCGCGGCUCCCGGCUGAGAGCGUCGGCCCGGGUUCCUGCACCUCGUCCUUGCUGCUCCCUUUCCACCGCGGCAUGGCGGUUCCAACCCGAGAGGCGUGAACCCUGAGGACAGCUACAGGGAGGACACCCAGUGAAAUGCAUUCCUGACCUGAUUGGACCAGAGAAACAAAAAAAGAAGUAUCCAGAUCUCUCAGCCCUGUUGUGCAGGUGGAUGUCACAUUCAAACGCUGAAGAUGACAGCCACUGACCUGUCCUCAAUAUGGGCUCUGCCUGCACAGGACCCUGCCUGUUUCUGUAUGAAAAAUACUAAGGGGGAAAAGAUAGCGCCAGGAUUCCCAGUAACUUGGUUACAGGGACCAAUGUCUUUUAAAGAUGUGGCUGUGGAGUUCACCCAGGAGGAGUGGAUGAUGCUGGACUCUGCUCAGAGAAGUAUGUACAGAGAUGUGAUGUUGGAAAACUAUAUAAAUCUCACCUUAGUGGAAUAUCAAUUAUGCAAGCCUGUGAUCUCACUGUUGGGUCAAGAAGACAUAAGAACUAUGAAAAGCAGAAUUCCCCAAGGCACCUGUCCAGACUGGGAGAUUCAAUUGAAAACCAAAGAGUCAACUUCUAAUCAGAAUAUUUUGGGUGAAAAAUCAUCUGGUGGCAUGAAAAUAAUAAGAUUCACAAUGGAUGAUUGGUCUUGUACAUUAAAAGAAGACUGGGAAUGCAGUAGAAUCAGAAAACAGCACAAGAUCCCAGAGGGAAUUUUGAGGCAAGUGACAUUUACUCAAAAGAAAACAGCAUCUCAGGAGAGAUUCUUUGACUAUCAUGAAUUAGAGGAAAACUCUAAACUUAGAUCAACACUUGUUUUUUCAAAGAGAGUUUCCACCAGUAAACAUUGCCAUAAAUGUUACUUAAAUAUUGAGUGUUUGAAGCAUAAUCCAAUCCUAAACAAUUAUGAAAAUAUCUCUGUAAGUGAGAGAGUCUGUGAAAGUCACAAAUAUGACAGAACUCGGUGGCAUCUUGAAAGAACUCAGAUAGCACAGAAAGUGUACACAUAUUGCAAAUGUGAUACACACUUCAAACAUAAUAAUAUGCUUCCUAUAUGCAACAAUUUUCACAUGGUGGAGAAUUCCUAUGAAUGUAAUAAAAACAAUAUCUUUUGUUAUCAUUCAUUCCUUGAACAACAGGAGCAAACUCCUACUGAAGAGAAACAUGAAUGUAAUCAGUGUGGAAAAACUUUCAAAAGGAUUUCUAAUCUUAUUUUGCACAAGAGAAGUCACAUGAGUGAGAAACAAUAUGAAUGUAAAGAAUGUGGGAAAGUCUUCAAUGAUUCCUCAACCCUAAGGAGACAUGUAAGAACUCACACUGGUGAGAAACCUUAUGAAUGUAAUCAGUGUGGAAAAGCUUUCAGUCAAAAAACAUCUCUUAAGGUUCAUGUGAGAACUCACACUGGAGAGAAGCCUUAUGAGUGUAAUCAUUGUGGAAAAUCCUUUGGUACAAGUUCUUACCUUAUAGUGCACAAGAGAAUACACAGUGGGGAGAAACGCUAUGAAUGUGAUGACUGUGGAAAAGCCUUCAACACAAGCUCUCACCUUAAAGUUCACAAGAAAAUACACACUGGAGAGAAUCUUUAUGAUUGCACUGACUGUGGGAAGGUUUUUAGUGGUCUCUCAUCUCUUAGAAUGCAUGUGAGAACUCAUACAGGGGAGAAACCCUACGAAUGUAAGGAAUGCAGGAAAACCUUCAGUGUUUCCUCUUCUCUUAGAAGACAUGUGAGAACUCACACUGGAGAGAAACCCUAUGAAUGUAUUCAGUGUGGAAAAACCUUCAGUCAGAGUUCUUCACUUAUUAUACAUAAGAGAAUUCAUACUGGAAGAGAAACCCUGUAACAGUUAAGAAUGUGAGGUUGCCUUUUUCAUUGUCUUAAGGUGGAUUUCAAGGUCAUUGUUUCAGUGUUUUUUCUUUACAAUAAGUAUUUGAGGCUAUCAAUAGUACUAUAAACACACCUUUAGCUAUA